AUGGAGAAGAAGAAAAAGGAGGCAGAACGAGCAGAGGAAGAGCGGGCAGAACAGGCUCGCCAAACAGAAAUCGCUCGCCUAAGAGAAGAGGCCAGACUCAGAACAGAAGAGGAGGCUCGUCAAAUCUUGGCUCAAUCCUCUAGUCCAAACUAUGAGGAUAACCAAGAGCAUUAUGACGAUGCUGCAAGGUCUUACACUAGCGAAGAAAAUGGAGAAGAGGAGGAAGAGAGUGACGAAGAAGUGAGUAAGACAGAAUGUGAGGGAGAUGAAGAGGAGAGCGAGGAAGAAGACGAGGAAGAAGAGGGAGGAGGUGAAGCAGUUGCUCUGUCUCACGGUGGGACAAAGCAGCCUAGGCCAAAUAAGCACAUCAGAUUCACGUACCCUACUCCAAGUGCAACCACACUAUCUGACUCCGACUCCUACAGAAGGUGGCAGACUUCACUGCAAACUUCAAUAGCAAGGCCACAAACAGCAGCAAAGAACAUCAACGACACUCUCGCACGAUUCAACUACCGUUCAGACAACAAAGUGCGAAGAGUUGCCGUUGCAGUCGAUGAACUCCUCAAAACCAUCGAGGAAGUGAUCAGAUCCAUGCCUCGAGCAGAGGAUGAAAGACCUAAGCGAUAG